AUGGAUCCUUGGACCGCAAGCACUGCGGCCAAUGGCGAGACAGAGGGUUUGGCUGCCGCUGAUCUCACCUAUUUAGCAUACUCAUUGGCAAGUUCUACGUCUUUAUCAAGCAUGACAAUCUCUUCAAAGAAGCCUAUCGUACCCGAUGUUUUUGUUGUUCAGAGGAUCAAGGAUAUACGGCGAAUCAAGGGACUGGAGUUGGACGUCGUUCUACUACAGUUUUGGCUUGCUGGGCUUACAGGAUUGGCUGAGUCGAAUUCAUCAAGCCAACGCCUCAUCUGGAAGAGUUUGCUGCUAGUGAAAGUAGAUCCCAAGUAUUAUGUCGCAGCUGUGUUUCGAUCAAGAAGAAAGUCAGCGUUACGACAACUGUCCUUUUACCGAGGAAUAUUGAACGAGUGCGACGAGAGUGUAGAGGACGGCACAGCCGACAGGGUCAAUAUCUUAAAGGCAAUUGCAAUUGGAUGCCAAACAAAGGGACUGGUCAGACCAAACCAGCUUGAUAUCCUCAAUGACGUUUCACCCUCGCAGGACAGCUCCAACAAUUACAAGUUCAUAGACUCGUCGUCAUUGGAGACAAUUGACGAUCUGUGCGGGCGGACAUUGAGUGAUUUUGAGCACCAAGAAAAGCUUGUCGAUCGAAUUAUCCAGGUUUGCGAGAAUGCAUGUACAAAGAUGGAUGUGUUUGUGCUCUCCAAACUCUGCCAAACACUCGACGAUAAUCCAAUGGUGUUGGAUCUUAUCCAUCUCUUGCGAUCUCCAUCCGCACUGUUGAAUCCUCUGGAGAGGUUCGUCAACAAUCUUCAGCAAAACGAGGACAACGAUAUCGAUACCUGCAACUCAAAUCUGGAGGGCUUUGGAAUUGUGCUGAUCCUGAUCUUGACAAUCAUUCGCAGAUACGAACUCGCCGGGUGCUUGGACUCUGUGCUAAGGGAGCAGAAUAGGUUCUGCUAUCUCUGGCUUCACCGUACCUCAGCCACGAUACCAACCAUAUCGAUACAGUCCAUGGAUUCGGACAUGCACGCCCUAAUGGGGCGAUGGAUCACAGCUCUGUUCGACAGCAUGGGAAUAUCAGAUGGCCUUAUUCAGACGUCCAAACCGCAGAUGCUUCUAGAGAUAUCACCUUCCAUCUUUGAGCAAUCCCUGGCGGCAUGUCAGGCAGGCGUGAUUGACGCUACGACUCUAAAUAGCGGUCUCGACUACUUUUUGCAGCCGUGUCUGCUCUUCGUCUUGAUCGGUGUUGUGCAAUAUCUUUGCGAAGAGAUUUUAUUUUCAACACCCUCAUCCUUCCCAUCGACCAACGCUACAUCCAAUUUACCUGGUUCUGUACCUGGGCAGUCCAUGCUCUCCCCUAUAGGCCAUGCCAUCUCGCCACUUGCGUCGCGGGGCGCAAAACCUCCACAACACAUGAAUACCUCGACUACUUCCCACGGCCAAGGGUCAGGAAAGAGCGUGGCGUCGGUAGCGAUGCUGCAAUCAUGUUUGAAGUCGCUUCUUGCUGGAGAAGCAUUUCCUCUACGAUUGAUGCGGCUACUAAAGAGUGAGGUCUUGGCGGUACUAGAACAUCAAACCAUAGAGAAUGACCAUCAAAUGGUGAUUAUCCAGGAGCGCCUGGCAGCGGCUUCGGCGAAUUAUUAUCCCUGGUCUGUAUCGGAAGCAUAUGAUGUACCAAAGCUGGCACAGCAGACUUCAUUGGCGUACGAGGCCAUCGUGUCGGGAGGAAGGACAUCUUUGAUAGCAAGGAGAGAGAAAGGUUGGCAUGUGUUUGGUGGAUCAUGUUACCAUAUCGAUGUGGAUCUCUUCCGGACAACAUUGUGCUAUCUUGGACCUGCACAAUUCGUAACAACCAUCUUGAAGCAACUUUUAAAAGCUGCCCGCACUCCACAUGGCAGACGCGCAGGUGCCGCUAUGAUAUCAACGCCUCUCGUGGGCUGUGGAGACGAGCACCUUGCCCCUCAAAGCUUGCUUUGGACACUCAUAUACCAGACGCUGUGGAUCCCCGUCCCUGGAAGACUUGAAACAUUUUCGCAGGGCAAAUUGUUGGCUGAAUUCGUUGGCAUGACCCUGGAUCUCUUCCAGAGUCGCACGUUGAUUCAGUUGCGUCAAAACCAGCUACAGAAAGGGACAACACGUGCCUCGAAGGAUACAAUGGAUAUUGAUAUGGUUGGGCCACAAGCAGGUAGCUUCAAGUGCAGUAACGGGAGCGGAACGACAACUCUUUCACACGAUCAACUGGAAAGAGACGCCGCGGUAGAGCCGUUCAGAGUGAUGCUGGACCAGCGACUGAGGGCUCUGGAGCCGAUUACGCGGGAUCGACCUGGGUUCGAGGGAUUUGCGCAGGGGAUGCGUCAGUACAGACAGCGCCAUCCACCUCUCACGCUACCUUUGCACCAGCCCAAGAAGGCACGCCGUGCGUGA